CAGAAAGCUCACUGGACACCAGACGCACUACGGGGCACAACAAGGACAACCGACGUCUGUUUGGCGAUCUAUACACCAGUACUCCACUCAACAACUCGUUCGACGCUGCUUUCGCUCUCGCUUUCGGUCGACGAGAAGGCGUUCUGCGCCCUCCCUUCCUCCCUCGCUCCCUCGGGGUGCGUCACUCACCCUAUCCUCAAAGGACACACGGCUCCCCAUCGCCUCUGCGGGAAAGGGGUGUUGAUACUCCGCGGCGUCGGUCAAGAUGGUGUACGACUGGGAAGGAAAGCGGGACAUCUGCUUCCAGAUGUACAUCAAGGACAAGAAAGCGCUCGAGGAGAUUAUGGAAUACAUGAAGAAUGUCUACCAAUUUGCACCGAGUAAACGAGCGUUCCAAACCCAAUUCAAGCGAUGGGGGUUCCCGUCCAAACAGAACCCCGCCCACAAGAAUGUCGAACUCGUCGCGCGCAUCAAACAGCUCUGGGAGCGGAAUACCUGCCAACGAGACAUGCUGCGCAUGCUCAACGAGGAGGGCUUCGAGAUCAAGGAGCGCGAGCUGAUGCGCGUGCGCGCCAAGAACCGCUGGCUGCUCCGCGUCCCCAAUGGCAUGAAGUCGCAGUCCCGUAUGCAGACCCCCGUCCAGUUGCCGGAGGAUGAAGCCUUGCUGGUCCUUCAGCAGGAGGUGUAUAAAUCCGGGUUACCCUUCGAGGAGGCCGAGCCUCUCAUCCCUGGUCCGUCCCCCGCUGCCAAUGCCACUGCCACUGCCACUGCUGCUGGUGCGGCUGGUGCCGACGCGUCGGAUUCGCCGACUUCCCCCGGUUUGUCGGCCGAUGCUCUGGCGAAGCGCAAGGAGCGGCUUGAUAAGUUGAAGGCGGAGAGUGCUGAACGCUGGGCGAAUCGGAAACGACGUCGGCGUACGCGCGGCUGGGCGGGCAUGCCCGCUGAUCCUCCGGGUCCGCCCCGGUUUCCCUCGGAGACGACUAUCGAUGAGAGCAAGAAAUAUCUUGGCUUGGAUAAUGCGAUGUAUCGGCAGAUUCGGGACCAGUUUCAGCAGAUCUGUGAGGAAGCGGGCUUCAUCAAGAAAACGGUUGCUGGGCCUGAGAGGUGGCAGGAAGCUAAGAACAAGUUGAUUCAGGAGUCGUAUCAUCUUCAGCAGGCGUUUCAUGAUCAGAAUCAGUUAGAUGUGAAGUCUCUGGCUCUGGAUGUGGUAUGUACUGAUGUCACGAAGCGGAUGCGCACGAUGGAGCGCCGGAUGACUAUCGCUGAGGCGAAGAAUGCCCUCGGGAUCAACCCGGAGGAGAGUCGGCAGAUCCGCAACGCAUUCUACAACACGCUCAAGGCGGACCACUUUACGAGUAAGUUGGAGGCGGGGGAUGAACAUUGGAAGGAAUUGAAAGAACAGUGGAUUCAGAACUCGGAGCUUCUACGACGCAUCCUAGCACCCGGCUCGGCGGACCCCGAGCAUGCGACGAAGUUGAAAGCUCUUGAGGUUCUCUGUCGCGAUGUCAUGAAGCGACUUCGCGACGACCAAACGAAGAGACACCCGGCCCGGAAGUCGUCAGUCACGCACUCGCAUGUGCCCAGCCCGGAUUUGGAGAGUCCCCCCGUCAGCGUCAGCGCCACCUAUGGCGGUGGCAUCGCGAACGGCAUCAGCACCCUGGCUUCGCAGGCCUUGGCCAGUGCAUCGGUGUCGACCAGCGAGCUGGGUGACAUGCAGAUCGACCCUUCUCUGCUCCAAGCCGCCAACGACCCAUCCUUCGCCACCGCUUCUCAUCCUGACUCGGGCCAUACCUUUGGUUAUGUGGAUCCACUGCUGGGGUCGUCGCUCCUGCACGUGCCCGUCUACCUCCGCGUCCAUCCCCAGAGCCCGGUGCAUGGGGACGCCAAGACCUGGGUGGACAAACUCACGGCGAGGUCGAUGACGGAGCUCCAGCAGUUGGUUGCAGCCAGGUACCCUGAUGCCGUCAUUACCAAGAUCGAGGGGACGGACCGCGACGAGAAAGGCAAUGAGAUUGCGUUUGUCAUUGACGAGGAGCACGAGCUGGAUGCUUAUUUGACUCAUGUCCAUGGGAGAAAAGCGACUUUUGUCUUUUCCUUGGAUCAGAUUUGAACUUCCACUAAUGCUCACCGUUUUAUGAUUGCCGACCAUACACUUCCGCAUAUUUGGAUGGGUGAGUGAUGGCAGAUUAGGGGGCGGCUUCAACAUUUAGGACGUCUCUAGGAGGCAUGGGUCAAACGUGGCUAUGAAGUCGAUACCCUCAGUCGCACCCUUUUACGCCAUCAGGCUCUCCGCAAUACUGAUACCCAUAGUUUGCAUGUACUACGAAUGAUUUCUAGAAGCAAUUCACCCG